CUUCUGACCCUGCCCCCGUGCCGCCGUCGCUAGGGACGCUUCGACCAAGGCAACCGCCAUGGAUCAGGAAGAGGGGUCGACCACGGUGGACAACAUAGUCACUCAGUUCAACACCUACGAAGAUUUCCUGGACUCGCAGAUCACUACGCUGGACCUGUACUACUUGGAGGAUGAAGGCCUGGCCCGCCAGUUGGUGGAGCUAGGCUACCGAGGGACUGGAGAGGUGGUGAAAAGGGAAGACUUUGAAGCAAGGAAGGCAGCUUUAGAGAUUGCAAGGUUGGCUGAAAGAACUCAGAAAAAGACAUUAACAAGUGCUGGUAAAGACCUGCAUGAUAAUUUUCUGAAGGCUCUGGCAGUGAGAGAAGAAGACAAUCGCAGUGGAAAAUCUGUGAUCUUUAUUCGUGGUCGAAAUUCUCAUGGGCAGGAGGUGUCAGGAUACAUUGACUAUGCUCACAGGCUAAAGACUGAAGAUUUUGAAGUCUACUUUAGUGGGAAAAAAAGACUUCUUCCAAGACCCACAGAUAUGAGUUUUUACAAUUGGGACAGUCACGUUGCUGUUUGGAAUUCAACUCCCAACUACCAAGUGAUUGCCGACAAUCCAGAAGGCUUACUUUUCAAAUACAAAAGAGACAGAAAAAUUCUCAACGUGGACCCUAAGGCUCAACCAGGUGACAACUCUACUAGAACCCCUAUCCAGACAGAGCUCUACAUACAAGCGGCCAUUUUUGACCACGUUUCCAGAAGAAAGACUUAACUACUAACGUGUUAGACAGUUCCCUAAUGGUUUGCUAAAUUUAAAUGACUCCUAUAACCAGAAGCAAAGUAGAAUAAUAAAUGAGUCCUGCAGCUGUAAGGCAAAUCAGAAUAAUAAAAGCUGUUAAAGAAAUUAGA